CUUCCUGCCGGGCACCGGGGAUUUACCAGCCGGGGGAAACCCGCGAGGCGGCUGCGGCGAAGUUGCACCCUUGGACGUCGGGUAUGUGAUGUCAAACCAGUAGGCUGUUCUCUGGAGCCUCCCACACACUAUUGUAACGUCAUGUGCCAGUAUGAAUAUUAUUAACACAGACACACAUACUUCAGUGCUCUGCAACGGAAGAGGAGGAAAGAGAAACUAAACGUUCAGAAUCAAUUAAUGGACUGCCUGCAAAAUGUUGCUUAUCUAACUUCUGCUGAGAAUACCUCCCAUUUCUGCUACUGGAGAAGAGCUGAGCAGAAACAGGAUCAUACCGUCCGUCUGCCCCCCCCCCAUUAAUUUCCAUUCAUAUAUACUUAUUACAAUCCCUUUUUAUCUUGGAUUCCAGGCUCUGAACUGCUUUGGCUGCAAGCACUUGGACAGCAAUAUGUGUCAUGUCAUUGUCACUUGCCGCUCAAUGCUGUGGACACUCCUGAGUAUUGUUGUGGCAUUUGCAGAGCUCAUUGCCUUCAUGAGUGCUGACUGGCUGAUUGGCAAGGCAAAACCUGGGAAUUCUGAGGGCAUGGACAAUGGGAUGGGAGGAUCGCUGGAGCCAUUUCGUCCAACCUUAGGGAUCUACGGACGUUGCAUCAGACUCUCACACUUGAAAUCAUCAAUGCCCGACACGCUUUGUGGCCCUUAUGCUGAAAACUUCAACGAGAUUGCCAGUGGGUUCUGGCAGGCGACGGCUAUUUUCCUUGCUGCGGGGAUCAUGAUACUCUGUGCUGUUGCAUUUGUAUCUGUUUUCACCAUGUGUGUACAGAGCGUUAUGAAGAAAAGUAUUUUUAAUGUCUGUGGGCUGCUACAAGGGAUUGCAGGUCUCUUCCUUAUCCUAGGCUUGAUCUUAUACCCUGCUGGCUGGGGUUGUCAGAAGGCAAUAGACUAUUGUGGACAUUAUGCUUCAGCUUAUAAACUUGGUGACUGCUCGCUGGGCUGGGCUUUCUACACUGCAAUUGGUGGCACUGUUCUGACAUUCAUCUGCGCAGUCUUCUCCGCCCAAGCUGAAAUUGCCACCUCCAGUGACAAAGUACAGGAAGAAAUUGAAGAAGGGAAAAGUCUUAUCUGUCUCCUUUAAUGACUCAAGAGAACCUUUACAUGUCUCAGCAGAAUUGGCUUCUAAAUGAACUGAUGCCAAGACUGAUGCCAAGACACACAAAAAAGCCUUUUGGAGCUGAAGCUUUAUAGUGCCGCUUAAUAGGAAUGGAGGACUAUCAGCAGCAUAAGAAGAAAAUGUUACUUUGUCAGCAUCACAGCACCUGGCUGCAGUGGAAGGAUGCUAGAACAUGCAGCUGUUGUCUUCAAGUUUGUAUGAACAAUGCCUAACAGUUUUGGAAAUGCUCAGUUCUACUUGUAUGUUCACCAUUAUGAAAGAUUGCAGAGGAAUCCUUGGAAGGAUAUUGCUGAAUACAAGUCAAUAUGUUUCCACUAUGUACAGAAAGAUAAUGUAACCAGGCUUUAAGUUCAAAGGUUUUAGAUGUCACCUUGGUGCCAUUCCCACAGCAGUUUCUUCUGGAUGGAUUUAGAAAAGCUUAUCUUGUUGAAAUAGCACAUAGGGAAAACUUGGGUACAGGAAAUAUGCAGGGAUUCCAAAUGAAGCUUGCAAGGAAGGGAUUUUCAUAGGCUGGGGCUUGUAAGCAAUACUUUGCCCAGUAAACAUGUGAAACAGGUUGCUGUAGUCAGAACAAGUACAGUAUACAGCAGCCACCAGAAUGAAAGCUAAAUUAUUUUGGGCUCAUAAGCACAGGUAGUACUAGCAAUAUGCGAUUGAUUUAGCUGUAUAAAUGUAGAUAGGUGAAGCAAGUCUUAGGAACUAGUAAUGGUAGUACUUAGGCCCCAAAGGUGUACCUCCUAGUGGAAGGGUAGACCUUAAUCCACUUUCAAGGACAGUAGCAAGCAGAGUACUGGUGCCCACAGGGUACCUCCAAUGGCUUCUUCUUGCCAUUCCAAGUACAGACUGCCAUUGUGUUCAUCUUGCCCGAGAUUAUGUGCCUAAGGACAUACUCUAUUAAGGUCUGAUGUUUUUGAAAGAUCUUUUUACAGCUAUAUUGCACACUGAUGAUUAUAAUCAGCUCAAUGAUUUUCCAGGGGUGAUCUUUUUCUGCAAGGCAGUGCAUACAUACAGUUCUGUAAUUUUUCUACAAGCCUAAGAAUUUUUGAAACCCAUUAAAACGAAAUAUCAUGGUGCUGUCAUAAUGACACGUUAACUGAUGGCUAAUAUUCAGAUGUUCAUGUAUUAGAUUAGCCUUAUUAACACUGAUCUCUCAUAUUUUACCUUUUGAUAGGAAGAAUUUGCAGCAGUUGGAGGCCAAGAUGCUAGACUAAAUUUUUACAUCAAAACCACUAAUGAUAACCACUUAUUUAUACCAUAGCUUCUAAAAUUAAGAAAAUUGAAAUUUCCAGUAACAAGGAAUGUAUUUUAGAGAAUCUACCCCUCUAACUCAGGUUUAUUGUGCAUGGCUGCUUCUUCUUUAACCACUGCUAUAGUAAGUACUACAAAAAUGUGUAACAACUAUGUACAUGCAAAUUUUGUGGGGGUAUUACCAACUAUGCUGAUAUGUUCAGUAUCAGCAGUGCCGAUUAAGACAUUAUCUUGGACAACAAAAGUUUGCUUUCUUUUGCAGAGCUGCUGCUACUUCUUCCACAAUUUCUCCUGUUCAAAAACUUCUGGACAUUCCCAUUAACAAGUGCAUAAAAGGGUGAUGCACUACCCACACACAUUAUGAUUAAUACAAACAUGCAUUAAGACUUUAGAAGUGUGAUGGAUAACAAUAAGUCUUCCUAAUAUAAGGAUAGGGUCUUAUAAAACAACCAACAACAACCAGGUUCACCUAACCUGAAAACCCAAACAUCCAACAUUGUCCCACAAUUUACAAAGUGGUAGAUUACUUGCGACCCAAGCCAAAUGCAGCCUACUUUUGUGUCUCUGCCAGGUGCUUAACAACCCUUGUUCAUUUUUGUAGCUUUAAGCAUGUAGCACAUAAAGAAAGGUUUGCAAGGUCCUAGUAACCAAAACACAUAGUUGUGAACUAUGCUUGGCUUGAUAGUCUUCCUCAGACCUGUGCAGCUUGUGACCUAUCUCAUUCUAGAACAUGGUGGGCUUCUCCUGUUUAGAAGGGCUCCCUCUUAAUGCACAUGGAGUGUCCAUGCUGAUGUUCUUUAAUUUGCUCUCCUUUUUGGUACUGCAGCAGUGAAAAACCUCUGGAUUGAAAUAGUGAGGUUCAAUUAGAGCUAACCUUUUUAGAUCAGAAUGCAUAUUCAAUAAGGACACAGGGCUAAUGAAAUAUUUGUUUGGCAGAGUCAAUUUUAUCACAGGAUACGAUCUUGGCACAUUUCACAUGGAUAAUUUUUAUGUCUGAAGCUCCCCCCCUCAUGAAUAUUGCUGUAAUUAUUAUGGCUGUGAUCCAGGUGUAUAGUUACUCCAAGUCAGAAUAUGCAUUCUGUUUCCCCCUUUUAAAAAUACAAUUGCUCUCACAAUUUCUCUUUAGAUUUCCUUCUCCCCCAAAUGGCAGUUUGCCCAUAAAAGCUGUUAAAAAGAAGAGUGCUGGUUCAAUAAUUUGUUUCACAUCUCUUCCCCAUUUAUUGUUAAGUUGCACUUAACCUCCAUACUGCUUUUUGAGAUACAAACAUUUGAAGGUAAUUGAGGGAUAACACUAAGAUUUCUAUUACUUUCUCUAAGGAAACUAUCAUGGGAUUUCAAACCAAGAGUUUCCAGCCUAGAAUAGAAGUGGUAAAAUCAGCAAUUAAUGUGUCUAGAGAGUGAGAGUGUGCACAGUUGAAAUUAAAGAUUUUAUGGAACAGAUAAGUAGUAUAUAGGGCUCUUGAAAAGUAUUUUAAGGAAUUCAUUGAUGUAACAAAUCAUUAUUUACUUGGUCUCUCACAUUUCCAACUGCCCUUUUAGUAAAGGUUCCAAAUGGGCAUGCCAACUUUAGACAAUACACUGUAGUGCUGCAGUGUUUAAAGCAAAAAUUGUCAUCUUAAAAAAGAGGAAGUUUCCCCCCAUGUUGAAUUGAACAGCAAUUAAAAUAAAUUGAUAAAAGCUGCAGUUGGCAAGAACUUCUUUGCAGUAGGUUUUUACUCCUGUUGGAAAGUAAUGGAGAGAAUGCUUCUAAGACACUUCCUAUGACUCAGGUAUGUAUCUAAAACCAGCAGCUUCUUUUCUUUGUAAAAAUAAAUCACAUGCACAUAUGAUUGAGCAAUGGAUCAAUCCUGUGUGUUUUAGUCAAUUAUUUAAACAGGUAAAAUAUUUCUUUAGUUGUGCAAUGACUAAUAUUUCAAAAUCCAGUAUGGCAGAUACAGCUUUAACCAACACUCAAGUGGCAUUUGGUCUAGUUAUAAACUCUGCAUUCUCAUGUACAUGAACCACAGAAUUGCAGACUAUAAAUGCUAAGUGAAGUUUCUAUAAUAACAUGGACUGGAAGCACAGUAACCUAGGAGAAGUGUGUGCAUUAUGAAACUUGGGCCCUGGCAAAUAUUACCACAUAAUUGGGAAGUUUAAAAUGUAUUUAACAUUACAUCCUACUAAGAUGAUGCUUUACUGUGCUAUUACAGCUACCACCUAGCAAGAACAUGUAUUUGUUUGUUACCUAUAAAACACGGGUAUGAAUGGUUCCAUGGUCAAAAACAAGCUGAGUCCUGCCCAUCAUGUAUUGUAAUAAGCUCUAAAGAGACAAGCAUUUUCUCUGUUGGAGAGCUUUCCAUAAAGUCCUAUCUCAGUAAUACGCAGCCACAAUUUGUGAGGCUAUAUAUUACAGUAUUGUGGGAGGAGGGAGAGAACUCAAGGAAAAUCUAGUUUAAACAAAAGUUCCAAUGGCAUAGUUCAGAUUUCAAAUAAGCACUUCAGUAACCAAACAUUGGCAUUCCUUACAUGGCAUAAUGCAUCUUUCUUAUGUUUGAAAUAUAUCCUAGUUUUCAUUUAAACUUACAUUUCAUAAAUUCCAAGAAAUAUUUCAUAAUUCCAAGAAAACUUACAGCAUGGUUGGUUUUGUCACUUUUACACCCAUUGCUAUCAACACAACUUUGUGUUUCCUUGGACAGAAGCUUUAUUGGCAGCCACAAGGUUUAAAUCUAUACAAGGAAUCUUGAAAGUUUACCAGACUACAUCCUGUGGUUUAAGAAAGAUUUUGUGUUUUACCUCUAAACAAACUUCAAGGACCCCUUUUUAUAAAGUAUUUUGCCUUCACAAGAUGACAUAUAUGUGAAUGCUUCUUAGUGUGUGUUAUAUUAACUCAAGAAAUUGUGUUUUAAACCUGUGUUCUAAACAGCUCAAAAUGUGUAUUAAAAAAAUACUUAACUGGUAACAAAUUAUUUCUUAAAUAGCUGCGGCUGAAUCAUUUUUGUAAACAUUUACUGUAUUAUGUGCCACUGCUUUCCAGAGGGUAAAAAAAUUAAAAGAUACACAUGGCGUGAGAUGUGCAAUAACAAUAAGGAAAAAGAGAGGUUGAAAGGGACAAAGGCAAAUACAGCUACACUAAUUCUAUUUCAUAUUUAUCAGAUGUCAACCAUGUCCUGUAAAAUCCCUCAUUGGAAAGAAGGUGGGGUUAACAAUAAUUGGAAUGAUGGAUUUCCAGCAUCUCCUGAACUCUGGGAAAUCCAGGCCUACUUAUUUAUAGCCUAAAUGUGAAGGAUUGUUUAGCAAUUAGCAAGCUCAUCAACAUAAAAGAAACAAGAGAGGAAUGUUUGAAGCUCUAUAGUCAGCUAAACAUAGUAAAGGAUGUUGUUGAGCUGUAUUGCUAAUUUAAUUUGUCUACAAUAUAGUAAUUACUUUGCCUAAUAAACAGUUAUUAACCCUU